AUGACAGUCAUGUCCCUUUCCAGGGACCUCAAGGACGACGUUCACAGUGACACAGUGCUCUCCAUUUUAAAUGAGCAGCGCAUCCGGGGCAUUUUGUGUGAUGUCACUAUCAUUGUGGAAGACACCAAAUUUAAAGCCCACAGCAAUGUCCUGGCUGCUUCAAGCCUUUAUUUCAAAAAUAUCUUCUGGAGCCAUACCAUCUGCAUUUCCAGCCACGUCCUGGAGCUGGACGAUCUCAAAGCCGAAGUGUUUACAGAAAUCCUUAAUUAUAUCUACAGCUCCACGGUCGUGGUCAAGAGACAGGAAACAGUCACUGAUCUUGCAGCUGCAGGGAAAAAGCUGGGGAUAUCCUUCCUGGAAGAUCUGACCAAUCGCAGCUUCUGCAGUUCCCCAGGGCCCUACGUAUACUGCAUUACUGAAAAGGGCGUGGUUAAAGAAGAAAAAAAUGAAAAAAGGCAGCACGAAGAACCAGCCAUCACCAACGGGCCAAGGAUCACAAAUGCGUUUUCCAUCAUCGAAACGGAAAAUAGUAAUAACAUGUUUUCUCCACUGGACUUGAGGGCGAGUUUCAAAAAGGUCUCCGACUCCAUGAGAAACGCCAGCCUCUGCCUGGAGAGGACUGACGUCUGCCACGAGGCGGAGCCCGUGCGGACCCUGGCCGAGCACUCCUACGCCGUUUCCACCGGGGCCGAGGCUUACCGGAGUCAGCCCGUAGGCGAACCUGCCAGCAGCCCGCCUGGCAAGACAGGCGAAGAAAACGGGGGAGCUGUUGCCGAAAAACCGACAGCAUGCCGGAAGCCGAAGGCACUCUCCAUACCCCAGGAUUCUGAACCAGCCACGGAGAAGACGCCACCCCCUCCAGGAACCAACGUGGAGGCCAGCCAAGGAAGGAGCCCACCGCCAGCCGCAGUUCUUCCCGGCUCAAAAUCUCCCCACACGGAAGGAGAUGUCCGUCUUCCCAGGGAAGGUGAAAACGUACCCUCCGAGGUCCCCGGGCCGCCGGCAGCCGAGCUCCCGCCUCUCGUUUACAAUUGCAGCUCCUGCUCCAAGUCCUUUGACAGCAGCACCCUGCUCGGUGCCCAUAUGCAGCUGCACAAGCCCACCCAGCAGCCCCUGGUGUGCAAGUACUGCAACAAAGAGUUCAGCACCCCGAACAGGCUGGACCGGCACGAACAGAUCUGCAUGAGGUCCAGCCACAUACCCGUUCCAGGAGGAAAUCAGUGCUUUUUAGAAAACUAUCCUACCAUUGGACAAAACAGAGGGUCCUUCCCGGGUCCAGAGGCUUUAUUAUCUGGAAAUAGGAUCGGUGACUUUUCCAGUACCGGAAGCACCUUGCCAGAGAUGGACCACCUGGUUAAAUUUGUUAACGGGCAGAUGCUCUACAGCUGUACUGUGUGUAAGCGCAGUUACGUGACUUUGUCCAGCCUCCGCCGACACGCAAAUGUCCACUCCUGGCGAAGAACAUACCCUUGCCAUUACUGCAACAAAGUGUUCGCGUUGGCCGAGUACAGGACAAGACACGAGAUCUGGCACACGGGGGAGAGGCGGUACCAGUGCAUUUUCUGCCUCGAAACCUUCAUGACCUACUAUAUUCUCAAAAACCAUCAGAAGUCCUUCCAUGCCAUAGAUCACAGACUUUCCAUCAGUAAAAAAACGGCAAACGGAGGCCUGAAACCUAGUGUCUAUCCGUAUAAACUGUACAGGCUGCUGCCCAUGAAGUGCAAGAGAGCCCCUUACAAGAGCUACCGAAACGCGUCCUAUGAAAACGCCCGAGAGAACAGGCAGGUGAGCGAGCCUGCAGCUGGCCCCUACGUUGUUCAGAAUCCACGCAGCUCUGAGUUGCCUGCUCUGAAUUUCCCAGAUGGCAUGCACACCGUGACCCACGGUCCAGCUGUCCCGCUGGACACAGCCACAGGUCACAACAGACCCGCUUCUGCCAACGUCCAAAACGCAGAGGGGUCCAAAUGGGGAGCGGAGACGUUGAAAGCUGAUCUUGACAAUAACUUUUAUUCAAAGGAGGUGUCCCUUUCUUUCCCUGAAAAUGCUGUCAGUUCCACCCUCCCGGCCGGGGGGAUGCCUGCUUUGUCUUUGAGUCACGGCAGCGAGAACUCAGCGUCUGUGAUCAGCUACGGUGGCUCGGCGCCCUCGGUCAUCGUGCACAGCAGCCAGUUUUCGUCGGUCAUCGUGCACAGCGGCAUGGUGGCUGCCCUGUCCAGCAGCAACCCCAGGGCCCCUUCAGGCCCGGCUGUCGGUCAGACCGUGAAAGAGGACAGCAAGCCCGAGCCAGACAAAGUGGGGAGAGUGGUCAGCAGACACAGAGGCAUUAAGGAGAAAAAGAAAACCAUCCCCUGUGACAGGGGAGACGUUCCAGAGGAAUCGAGAUCCGCUGCCGAUCCCGGAGGGUCGCUGAGCAAAGCCACGAACGUCAGCAAAGAAACCAGUAAAAUCGAAACCUACAUCGCGAAGCCUGCUCUCCCUGGCACCUCCACAAACAGCAACGUCGCGCCCCUCUGCCAAAUAACAGUCAAAAUCGGGAACGAAGCCAUUGUGAAAAGGCAUAUCCUAGGAUCCAAGCUGUUCUAUAAAAGAGGGAGAAGGCCCAAGUACGAAGCGCAGGAGGAGACGUUGCCACAAGAGGGUGACCUGGACACCAAGGCCGACGGCCCGCUCGACCUCUGCCAGUCCGAGUGCAUGGACAUGAGCGAGAUGUUCGAUGAGGCAAGCGACCAGGAUUCCACGGACAAGCCAUGGCGCCCUUACUACAACUACAAACCCAAAAAGAAAUCGCGACAGUUGAGGAAAAUGAGGAAGGCCAGCUGGAGGAAGGAGCACGGGGGCAGGAGCCCAGGCACCAAGUAUAAAUACCCGGCAGAACUGGACUGCGCCGUGGGCAAGGCUCCUCCGGAGAAGGCCUUCGAGGAAGAAGAAAACAAAGAGAUGCCCAAGCUGCAGUGUGAGCUCUGCGACGGAGACAAGGCCUUGGGGACCGGGAACCUGGGAAGGCCCCACCGGCACCUCACCGCCAGGCCGUACGCCUGCGAGUUCUGCGCCAAGCAGUUCCAGAACCCUUCCACGCUCAAGAUGCACAUGCGGUGUCACACCGGAGAGAAGCCGUACCCGUGCAAGACCUGCGGGCGGUGCUUUUCGGUGCAAGGAAACCUGCAGAAACACGAACGCAUCCACCUGGGCGUCAAGGAGUUCAUCUGCCAGUACUGCAACAAGGCGUUCACGCUGAACGAGACCCUCAAAAUCCACGAGAGGAUCCACACGGGCGAGAAGCGUUACCACUGUCAGUUCUGCUUCCAGAGCUUCUUGUACCUCUCCACAAAAAGGAAUCACGAGCAGAGGCACGUUCGAGAGCACGCCGGGAAGGGCUUUGCCUGCUUCCAGUGCCCCAAAAUUUGCAAAACAGCUGCUGCCCUGGGAAUGCACCAGAAGAAACACUUAUUCAAAAGCCCGAGUCAGCAGGAGAAAACAGAAGGUGAUGUGUACCACGAAAACUCAGAUCCGCUGGAGAAUCCACAUUUCAUGGAUUCAGAAGACAGUGACCAAAAGGAUCAUCUACAAACCAUUGUUGGAAAUGUCCUUUGAGUAGUGGGGAAAAACAAUCUUCAAAAAUAUAAAUUGGUGGGGUUUUUUGUUUGUUUGUUUUUUCAGUUAGCUGUUUUGUGUGUGUGUGUGUGUGUGU